ACAAUGCAUUCUCUGUCUGCUGCCACGCAGAGGAGGAAGCCAGGCAGGGGCCAUGAUGAUGCAUGUGGCUUGGUGCUGGGGCCAUUGGGGGCCCCUUCUCCUCCUGCUAGCCCUGGCCCUGCUCUCCCUGGCUGCAGAGGACGUCCAGGUGGAAGUGGUCCACCUCCCUGAGGAGUGCUCUACCAAGAGCAAGAAGGGCGACCUCCUCAAUGCCCACUACGACGGCUACCUGGCCAGCGACCACUCCAAGUUCUACUGCAGUCGAACACAGAGUGAUGGUCACCCAAAAUGGUUUGUUCUUGGUGUUGGACAAGUGAUUAAAGGUUUAGAUAUUGCAAUGCUGAAUAUGUGUCCUGGAGAGAAACGGAAGGUGAUCAUUCCUCCUUCGCUUGCCUAUGGAGAAAAUGGAUAUGAGCCAGCAAAGAUUCCACCUAAUGCAACCUUGAUCUUUGAGAUUGAACUGUAUGCAGUUACGAAAGGACCACGCAGCGUUGAAGCAUUUUCUGAAAUAGACAUGGAUAGUGACAAAAAACUUUCGAGAGAUGAGAUAAACCAUUAUUUGAAGAAGGAAUUUGAAAGAGAUGGCAAGAAGCGUGACCCAUCGGUUCAUGAGAAUGUUUUGACUGAUAUAUUUAAAAAGAACGACCAUGAUGGAGAUGGCUUUAUAUCUGCUAAAGAAUACAAUGUGUACCAACAUGAUGAACUAUAAGAGAACAUGACUGAAAAGUCUACCUGUUUCUUAAUGGAUGCAUGUGUCCUGGUCUAGCAGUUCCUCCUUAUAUGCACACAAAGCUUCAACAAGGACCUCUGCAUUCUUUUAAUGAUUUGGCUAUGCCCAUAGCACUGUGCAUCCUGCUGACGUUAAUACAGGUUCAAUAUCCUUAUCUGAAAUGCUUGAGGCCAGAAGUAUUCUCUAUUUUGGGGUGGGGGGAUAUUUUGGAAUGCACAUAAUGAGAUAUCUUGGAGAUGAGACCCAAUUCUAAACACAAAAUUAUAAUUUAUGUUUCAUAUAUACCUUAUACACAUAGCCUGAAGGUAAUUUUAUACAUUAUUUUUCAUAAUUUUAUGAAUGAAACAAAGUCUACGUACCUUGAACCAUCAGAAAUUAAAGGUAUCAACAUCUCAGCCACCCGUGGAAAAAGUUUGGGGUUUUGGACUAUUUCAGAUAAGAGAGAUUCAACCUGUAUGAAAUGCAGGCAGCUGAAGAGCCCUGAAAACACAACAGAAUGAAGUCAAAGCUUCAAGCCUGUACACUUUUUUGUACGCUUCAGCCCCAUUGACUCCCCCAGGACCUUUGCAUUACAUCAUAGGCUAAUUUGAUAUACAGUAUUCUAAAAUGGAAAGCCUUUUUGAGGUACAUAAUAUUCUGAUUGUGAUAAGUUUUUAUAUCUUUUUAUUAAAGUUAACUGAAUUUUAUAAAUGUUCAAAAGAAAUAAAAGGUGACAAGGUGAA